AUGCACAUAUCAGAUGUUUUCAAGGUUCUGAGUGUAUUCAAAGUCUACAGGGAAAGCUUUCUUGGACUUCCACACCAGCAAAAUUGGCCAACAUAUGAAGGAUUCACUCUUUGCCAUGACGAGACAAUGCGAAGGAAUAAGAAAGGGUGUCCAAAUAGUACAAGAAAUAGAACUGAAAUGGACAAUCUUGAGAAAGAAAAGAGAAAAUGUGAAAUAUGUCGAGAAAUUGGUCAUAUGCGUAGAAAAUGUCUGAAUGUAGCAGACCCGUCAAAUCGGCCCGUCUAA